GCGACCGGAAGUUGGUUGACUCACGUGACCUGAACGGUAAUCCGACCCAACAUGGCGGCGCAGGCCUGAGGCAACUCCUAUCAGUCGUGUCAAAUUUGCUCCGAAAAACUCUGUAUCCAGAGCCUUGCCUUAUCGGGAACGAAAUCGUAGCGUGAGAGCAACAGUCGUGGAUUGUGGACCGAGAUUUUGAGGUUUGGCUUCUCCACUUUGAUGAGUAGCUGGUAACUGGGAAGUUUUGGUUUUAACUGUUGCCAUGACAACCAACAUCGCCUCCACAAAUAUGACAACAGACGCAAGCGAGAUGCUGGCUGCGGCGCUGGAGCAAAUGGACGGCAUCAUAGCCGAUUUUGUUGAAAAAGACCUAGCAAUCGAGGAAAGCAAGCCGAAGACGGAAACCUCACCACCACCCUCGCCUAGCCCCGAGCCUUUGGACAAUCAGGACAAACAGGAGGAAACCCCAAAAGUUAACUUGUCCGAACCCCUUGUGGAAAACAACAACAACACCUCCUCCUCCCAUACACCAGGUUCAAAGACGGAGUUCUUCAACGGUGUCAUCGAGCCUCGAUCUCCGCAGUACACUGCUGAACCAUCCAAUGAGGUGCUGACGUUGUUGGAUGGCGCCAAGUCAUUACUGGAGACCAUGGAAGAGAACGACCAGGACACCGUCAUGUCACAGCUUCCUGAAGGCACGAGAAAUUAUCUAACGCAGUGGUUACGACCAAACAACUCCGAGACAAAGACCAACGGCCAUGCCUACCCCAGUGAUGGUUACGAGGAGAAAAUCCAGAAGUUGGAAAAUGACAAGGAGAGUCUCAUCCUUCAGGUGAGUGUGCUAACAGACCAGGUGGAGGCUCAGGGAGAGAAGAUCAGGGAGCUGGAGAAUGGCAUCGAGGGGCAGAAGGACCAGCAGGCGGACACGGAGGAGAUGCUGCAGCAGGAAAUCCUGGCCAGAAGUUCCCUGGAGACCCAGAAGCUGGACCUGAUGGCUGAGGUCUCCAACCUGAAGAUUCAGAUGGCUUCUCUGGACAAGGAACGGUCAGACCUAGAAGACAAGAACCAGACAGCACAGUUCUUGUUUAUGGAGUGCUAUGAGCUCCGUACACGAGUCCUGUGCCUGAUGGAGGUUAUGGAGCAGUGGGAAACCUCCCAUCUCCCUUCAGAGACCUUGUCUGAUGAGCUCCAGAGCACCAAUCAGAAGUUGUUGAGGGUUGAAGGUCAACUGAAGGACUUUGAGGAGAAGUCCUGGGACUACCAGUGUCUAAGUUGUACACGACUGUCUGGUGACUAUUCUCUGCUGUGUACUGUGUGUGUGAAACAGGCCAUAAUGGCCAAGCUGGCGAGCCUGAAGGUGAAGAUCUCGUCGCUGCAGUUCGAGCGCCAUGAGGUGGAGAAGAAGUACAAGCAGGCACAGAUGGAGGUGGCCACACUGCAGUCCACUUUGAACGAGAGAGACUCUGAAGUAGAGGAACUGAAGGCAGAAAUGACAGAACUAAAGAGACAGAAAGAAGAGGAGAAAGAGAAGGAAGAGGAAAAAAAGACAGAUGAAGGAGAUAGUGAAAAAGUAAAAAGGUUGAAAAAGCAGAUGGUGGAAAAACAAGAGGAGUACAACAACCUGAAGAGAGCCGUUGAGUCGCUGAUGCAGGCAAAUGAAGAAAAGGACGUGAAGAUCGAGGAACUGAAGUCGAGUCUGAACCGGUACAAGCGUGUGCAGGACAUGGUCCUGAGUGCCAGUUCCCCCGAUGAAGCUCCAGGGAGGAGGUGGAUGGAAUUGUGCCCGCCCACUCCUCCUGAACAGGAACCUCUGGAGGAGACCCUGAAAGAAACACAGUCCACCUCUUUGCCUUCCCUCAGUAAGCCAUCCGACGCCCCCAAGCAGGCAGAGGAGUACUCUACUCGCUCACUGCCUCGCCUGUACAAAAGGCCUGUAGUGUCCAAACCACCUCCCUCCCCACCACCACAACAAAGAAUUGCUAAGAAGGAUGUAAGAUACUUAAGGCUGUUCCAGAAUCGGGGUUACCACUCCCUGCCACGUCUGAGGAAGGACCCUACUCCCAAGCCGGCCAUGCCAGACCCUGCCUUCACCUCCACACCUAUCAACACCAACACUGAACAGCUGAGCAUUCAGGAACUAGGUACAGACACGUCCCAUGAAGGCCAGGUUCCCAGCACCAUCAACGAGACGCCCCAGACUACGGUAGAGAACAUCGAGGCCGAGCAGGUGGAGAAGGAACCCGUCAUGGAGUCACCGCCCAAACCUCCCCGCCUCCGACCCCAGGCAAGGUCGUCCAGUCUGGAGGAGAUCAAGGUCAUCUCAGAUGCAGACAAGAGUCCGCCACCACAGAGCAAGUUCAACACGCUGCCUCCGAAGCAGAAGCAGCCCCAGCAGCAGCAGGAGCCCGGCCUGAUCACCAGGAAGGGGCGGGGCCUGGGGUCCUUCGGGAAAGGUUUCCUCAAGCUGCGGGGAGGCAACAAGAGCACCAGCGCACCCAACCUUUCCACUCCCCCUCGAGGGAGGCGGCCCCACCUCAGCAGAAUAGAGGAGAUCGAUGGCCACGCCACCCUAGGGCCAAACACUCAGGAGAUCCGCCUUCUUUCAGAUGACUACAGCCCUUACCAUGACUACAGACUGGUCAGGGAGGCCAGGGGAGGGCCCUGGUACCUGCAAGCUCAAACUGAGGCAGGGUCAGACAGCGAGCUGGAUUCAAUCUCCGCCCACCGGGCUCAACCAAUCAAGAUGGAGGGGGAUGAGAGGUUCGGCUACGAGCCCAAGAAGAGAGGAAACACCAUCAAGAGAUUCUUUGGCAGGUUGAAGAGAAGUGCGUCUACUACCUUUAACCCCGAUCGUGAUGUUGAGUACGAGGAACCUUCGCCGUUCAGACGAGGGGGACGGUACCGGGCCACCGCGGGACCAAGGCUUGGCUGGUCGCGGGACCUCAAACCUACCACUGACCUUGACACGCCCUUCGCUAAGUGGGACCCGGACCAGGUGUGCCAGUGGCUGCACGAGCAGGGGCUGGGCAUGUACGUGGGCAAUGCCCGGGGCUACGUCAAGAGGGGAGAGACUCUGCUCAGGUCCUCACCACAUGACCUGGAGAGGGAACUAGGCAUUAAGAACUACCUGCACAGGAAGAAACUCCAGCUGGCCCUCCAGGCCAUCGGGUCAGAAGACACCAGUAAGAUGGGGGAGCUGGAUCACAACUGGGUCACAAGGUGGUUGGAUGACGUUGGUUUACCCCAGUACAAGGACCCCUUCAAUGAAGCAAGGAUUGAUGGGAGGAUGUUGAACUACAUGACUGUGGAUGACCUGUUCAAGUUGAACAUGACUAACGUUCUUCACCACCUCAGCUUUAAGCGUGCCAUCCAGGUGCUGCGGCUGCAGAACUUUGAACCCAACUGUCUACGCAGGAGACCCACAGAAGAGACGUGGCAGAACGGAGCGGAGGUGAUGCUGUGGACGAACCACCGCGUCAUGGAGUGGCUCCGCUGCGUGGAUCUGUCGGAGUACGCGCCCAACCUGCGCGGGAGCGGUGUCCACGGCGGCCUGAUGGUCCUGGAGGCCAAGUUCAACGCGGAGACGCUGGCCCACCUCCUGAGCAUCCCCCCCAACAAGACGUUACUGAGGAGACACCUGAGCACACACUUCACCCAGCUGGUGGGGGCAGAGAUCCAGAGGUACAAGAGAGAGCACCAGGAGGGCCCGGGGUACAUCCCCAUCAAGGCUACGGACAAGAUGAAGCCCAGAAAGCGGUCGUUCAGCUUCACCCGUAAGAGCCGCGGGCAGUCCCAUGACUACGUGUGUCCCAUGGACUGUGACUUCCCCGUGGAGCUGUCCCCCGGCAGAGGUCAGCCGGGGUUCCGGGGCGAGGUUCGAGCCGCCAACCUGCAGCACCGACAGGAGCCGGUCAGCGAUGACCUGGACCAGGAGGUGCCCGAGGUCAGGAUUGAUGAACAGGCAGUGCAACAGAUCGGAGCCUUCUCAGCUGAGAUCAACACACUGACAAAUAUGCUGAGUGAUGAUAACUUCAGCCCAUCAUCUGGAGCCUCCGAUGCAUGAAGAGUUCAUGAAGGCCUCAGUCUCUACAGUAACACCAUAGUUCUGUAUUAUAUAAUCCAGAAAUGCAGUCAGCUCUUCACUCUUUUAUUUUGUAAUAAUGUUAUGAUUGAAGGAAUGCUCUCUGUGUGAUGUUUGCCAAAUCAUGUAUACUUUUAUUAGGCAAACAUCUUAUUAAAAAAAAAAAGUGUAUUGUAGCACAGCAUUUAAGGCUGUCACAAAAAUGCCUUCUUACAAUUAUACAUCACUCAGAUUGGAGGCUGUGAUCUGUAGGUGUUAAAGUGUAAUUCUACCAUGACCAGGAUACAGGCACCAACAGCUGCAAUAUUUGGGUCUAGCGCAUCCAUACAAAGCACAGUAUGUCCAACCUUUGAAGGCAUGCACCUCUUGUAUAGUCUUGCAAGAACAUAUACGUUAUUUUUACCUCUUCACAUAACAAGUUCUUGUUCUAGUGUUGUAAUACUACAUGUGCCUAUCUACCAGCUCAUUCGCACACAGAACACAUGUUACAGUAUUAUGUCUUUGUCAGGGUAUUUGAUAAUAUUUAUGUACGUGUAACCUUGUUGUGUAUAUGUAUAAUGUAUUCUAUAACUUUUAUUAGGUGCCUGGUCAAGUGCAAGUGUUCUGCUGAAAUGCUGAUCACAGCUAACACAGUAUUCGAUAGAGAUGUGUAUGUACUAACCAAUUCUAAUAGUGACAAUGCUCCUCACCCAGCAGUUGUUCAUUUUAACAGUUGCUAGCUGCUGCUGCAGUGCAAGACAGCAAUAAUCACGAAAAGCCAAGGCGACGACCGUUGCUUGCAGGCAAAGUUUAUGACUUUUUAUAAAAGCCAACUUGUGCCAACUUCUUACAAAAGCCAACAUGUGCCUUACUGCAAGUUCUCAUUAGGUUAACCCCCAAAUGAGGCAGGAGCUAGUAGCUAAAAUUUUGCAAUAAUGUAAAUAGAUGACCUGUCAAAUUGUUUAGGAUAGAUGUCAAAGAAUGGGUCGAAGUUGACAUAAGUGCCAUAUAUCCUUGGAAUGGAGAGCCACAGUCUACAGUUUCUAGGAUAUUGUAGUUUUCUUAGAGUUUUUGUGUAACCGAUAUUUGUUUAAACAGUGUAACUACUUCAGUGUAUUUGUAUAGCUUUAGUACUAACAAUUUUUGUCAGUUGAUAAUAUAUCAGUGUUAUAAUGAAAGAAGAGGUUGCAUAGAAGCUUCUUGGACGCGCUCCAGUGUGGGCUAGGGCUAUACAGUAAUAGAUGGUGUGUUUCAGUCAUACAGAAUGUAGCUCUACAGCACAAGGUAGUUCUAUAGCAUUGUCCAUCGACAGUGAAAGUUACUGACUGGUGUUGAAUAAGGUGUAUGUAAACAAAUGUUGUAAGACUAUUAUUAUAAUUUGAUAUUACAGUAAUGUUAUGCAUGCUCGGAGUGAGUGCAUUUGUAAAAGGUAUGCAGUUAUUUUGCAUUCAUUCAUUUUAUCGAAGGAAUCAAUGAUAUUCGUGGUUUAGUUCAAGUCACAUCGUUGUACUAAGCAUACUUUUUCCUCACUGUUGUCACCAGCACAAGGGCUUAACGUUAUAAUAUGUGGAUUAACAAACAUAAUCAUGAUACAGACUGUACCACAAAGCUAUAGACACCCCUCACUACUGAGGUGGUUAUGAAGAUAUAAGACAGGGAGAGUGCUUUCAUUUUAACCAAGGCUAAAUGUCAACCUUACUUGUUCCCUGCUGCCACACACUCAAUGGAACAGCAACUUAUCUUUCUUACAUUUAUACCAGAUGACACUGAAUGAUGAUGAAGGUAUGAACAAAGAGGGACUUUUGUUGACUUUGGAUGUACCUGGUAGUGAAACUUCAGACUAGACUUUUUUGUCUCUUGGCAGACGUUGCAUGUCAGGUUGGUUCUGUUUUUAGUUGUUCAGGAUCAUGAGUAGUUUGGAAUUAGUUGGAAAAUAGACGAGAAUUCUCCCUAUCUUCGUUAAUCACAGUAUGUAUACAUGUAAGUUAUUUCUUUAAUGUAUGAUAUCUUGAACAUCGAAAAGACUUGCCGAGAAGGUGUUAUGGUAUCGUACAUGUAUUGACACCCGAGUCGCACAGUAUAACCACCUUCUCCAUAGUGUAAAAAUCGGUGCAUUUGAUCGUGCACGUAAGGCAAUCCAAAAUCACAGUGGUAAACAACCAGACCGUCGUAACUUUGGCCAUACGAUUUGACGAAAUAAUCCACACAGUGUCUAAUUGUAGACGUUUCUUCUCCCUUGUCAUGGUAAACGCAUUGCUAAUCACUCUUUUAUCGAAUACUACAUUAAUAAAGUUUAUUUUCUACUAGUA